AUAGAGGUUAACCAAAACAAACCUCCCAGAAUUUAUGUUUUUUCGUGUAAUAACCCACUCAAAAGGCUUUAGAACCGCUCUGAAGUCGCUAAUCGAGCCCUCAGUCCGGCGACGAAGCCUCACAACAGCCGCUUUCCUCAGUCUGCCACCAUGCCUCGCCGUCGUUACACACCCGAAACGGACCCUCGCGAAAAAAUCAAAGACUAUUUUCGCAAAUUUAUCGCAUUUAUGUGUUCGCAAGUGGGCGUUGGGGCCCUUGUUGUGUGUUACACUCUAAUAGGGGCAGUCGGUUUCAGCCGACUCGAGUCGACAUUUAACGACACUUCCGUCACUCGAGUCGCUUCAAUUCGGGGGAAUUACACGCGUUUGUUGUGGUUAGUGGCGCGCAAAACUAACGUUUUCAACCAAACUGAAUUUUUCAUUGACACAAACGAGAAGUUGAAGAAUUUUCAAAACGAAAUGGUUCUCGUGAUUAAAAAGGGGUACAAUGGACACGACGGGGGCAAAAUGUGGACGUUCCCAGCCGCCUUGAUGUUCGCCUUAAGUGUCAUUACAAUGAUCGGGUACGGGAAUUUAGUGCCGCGCACCGGUUGGGGAAAAUUCGCAACGGUGGUUUACGCCGUGUUUGGGAUUCCCCUAUUUGUGCUGUAUUUCCUCAACGUGGGGGAAAUCCUGGCUGGGUGUUUCAAGUGGGUUUAUACGAAGUUGUACGAAUGUAGUACGAAACGGGGGGAGGAGAAGGUGCAUAAGAGGAUUGUGGUCCCCACUACAGCAUGUCUUUGGGUCAUGGGGGGCUAUAUUCUCACGGGGGCUAUCAUGUUUGCCGAAUGGGAGCAUUGGACGUACUUAGACAGUGCCUAUUUUUGCGUUACCAGUCUUUGUAAACUGGGUUUAGGGGACUUUGUCCCUGGAACUGCCUCACAAAAUGGAAACGAAUCGAAACUUGUGAUUAAUUUUAUUUAUAUUUUGGUGGGGAUGGGGUUAGUGGCCAUGUGUUUCAAUUUGAUGAGGGAAGAAGUGAGGGUGAAAGUUGAGGAGUUUAGGGAGGAUUUUAGACAGUGUUUGGAGGAUACGAGAGUGAGGAUUGAGGAGUGGUGUCGGAAGUAUCGAUAUAAAGACCAGUUUUAGUGGUUUUUGUGUUACUUUUUUUGUUUUGUUUUUUUAAUUAUUGUGUGUUCUGUGAGUGUUUUCUUAGUUCUAUAAGUAAAGGAUUAUUUGGAAACUGUGUUUCCGGCCAGAAUUGUAUUGGUAUGAGGUAUCUCAAUGUGAAUGGAUACGAAAAUAGAACAAACGACGUCAUUUACAUCCGACCGCUUCAAAAUGGGAACAAAACCGCCGUGAUUUACUUCGGAGGUGAUAUUCAGGACUUUACCGAGAACAU